AUGGACUUGAAACCUCACACAUCUGACGAUUUUUCGAUCACUGUCGUUCAAGCUAACUCUUCCCUUGAAGAUCAAAGCAAAGUCUUCACAUCUCCUUCCGCCACUUAUGUUGGCGUCUACGACGGACAUGGUGGCCCUGAAGCGUUUUUGGCGGAACAAAGGGGAUUGUCAGCGGAUGUCAUAAAGAAGGCUUUUGAUGCCACUGAGGAGGAGUUCUUGCAUUUGGUGAAGCCCAAUCUUGGGGACUCCAGGGCCUUUCUUGGGCAGAAGGCAUCCGUGGAUCGAAGGAUUUCGAUGUUGACGGAAUGCUUGUCCACCGAUCAAUAUUUUGCAGUGGAGGAAGUAAGGAAGGAGGUGGAGGCACUUCAUCCAGAUGAUUCUCAUAUUCUCGUUUACAGUCAUGAAGUUCGGCAGCUUGUUCUCCUCAACGAAGCGAAAACGGGGUUUGGAUUUUAUUUACAUGCGGAGACCAAUUUGAACAGAAUUAAAGAGUGUGUUGUUGUUGCUUUUCUUGAUUCUUCGUCACCGUCGGAAGCUCGGACCUCCGGUGGGAAUCGCAGGUCCCGUUCGUUUCCUGACGAUCUUGUUCGGUGCUGA